GGAUGGAGUGAGGCAGAGAGGUGAGGACAGAGUCGGCUUUGUGUGGAGACGACCUCUUCACUGUUUAUUGAUACACUGUCAGUAGAAAUAUAAGGUCAGACAGUUUAGACAAGGUGUCGAGGCUUCUGUCGGAGGAUAAGGUCUAUUUUUAAAGGAGCAACGUCAUAGCCUUCAAAUAAGGAAGCAGCCUGCAGAGCUGUUGAGGAGUUUCUACGACAUUUUACGGUCCGUGUCACUAAUCAGCAAGUUUGUCUUUCUUAACAUUUCAAGAUAAACUUUUGGAAUAAAGAAGACUGAGUGGAUGCAAAAAUGGAGACGAGGAGGAAAAGAGAGAUGGGGAAGACGGCGAAGGUUUCAUGGAUCUUUUUGCUGCUGCUGGUUCUGCUCAAAAUAACCACACCCUCCUCCGCUCAAGACAGCAUCACUGCUUCAGCACCGAACCCUGCUGCUCUCAGUUAUCGCACUCGCCCAGCUAACCUCACCGUGGCUGUGGGAGAACCUGCAGAGUUUCGCUGUGGAGUGCCUAAAGCUUCUCCAAACAUCACAUUCACCAUCUAUGGGGUUCACGGCAACUACAGUCUCACCUGCCCUUAUGGCCACGUAGAAAAAAUCCCCCAGGCUCUGUAUGGAAGUUGUGAUAUGACGGAAGAAGAGUCAGUGGCUGUGUGGACCCUCAAGGGAACUUCAUUCUCUGACAAUGGAGCAAGCUUUAUUUGUCAGCAGUCAAACAAUCUCAAUGCAACUGCUGCCACCCUACAUGUUUAUGAUGAUGGCACCAGCUACGCAACUCUCAUUGGCUGUGUCAUUGGGGGCUUCUUCGGCACGCUGUUGGUGGCUGGUUUAUCAUUUCUCAUGCUGCGGAGAUCUGAGACCCUGCAGAAGUGCUUCUGGGGGAGGGAAACAGAAGAUGAUUUGAACACAAUGGUAACGAAGGAGUAAAAAGAGACAGACAGCAGGGGGAGACUGUGUUGCUGCUUGAUGAUGCUUUGUUAAACAUAUCCAAAGUUGGUCUCCAUUCAAUUUCUAACUGGGAAUAGAAACAGAAAUUAGCCUGUCUAUUUUUUUUAAGUCAUUUCACUGAUCUAAGAUGAAAACUGAAUUGAACCUAAGUCUAAUCUAAGGAGGGAUCCAGUCUGACCCCCAACACAUUCCCUCCUCCUUCUGCCCUCAAGAUCCUACACACAUUACUCAUAGCCUCAAACUGUAUAAUAUAUCAAGCAUUACAAAUAAUUCACAAAAAUAAAAAAAAGUCAGGUCUCCCUCCCCACUUGUGUAGGGUCAAACAUCAAAAUGCACUGCCUUUAUUGUUUAUAAAUGAAACGUGAAAUUGUUGGUGUCAGUAAAUUAUUCAAAUAGUUUUUUGGCCACACUAAAUGUAGUGAACAAGUUAAUAACGUCCUGCUGCAGUCAGCUACCAAUAAUGGUUGGUAGCUGACUGCAGCAGCAUGGUUGGCAUAAUCAUGCCAUUGA